UUUUUGCUAUCUUUACCAAAUCCUCUGCAUAUUAUUCCCUGAUCCUCAUCUGGGUUCUCCCCUUUUUCCUUGAAUCCUCAACCUUUGCUUUUCAUCAUUUCUGAUCCAAAAGUCUGUCACUUGGGUCUUCUCUUUUCAUUGAAAAGAUUCAAUCUUUGCUAUCAUACAAAUCCAUACUUGCAAAUUCAGUCUGUAUCAGCUCAUCCUUACCCAAUUGAGCAGAUUCUCCACUUGGGUCUUCUCCAUUCCUUGAAAAGAUUCAAUCUUUGGUAUCACACAAAUCCGUUUUGUCCUUUUUGGGAAUAAGGCCAGAUGGGCAAGUGUCUAAGCAAAAGCAGAGAGCCAGAGCCACAGCAUAAUGGGUACAGAUCAGGUGGAGGAGCUGGAGCACAUUACCAAAAACCCCAUGAGCCAGUUGUUCACCAACCCAAAGCCUCUGCUCAGCAACACCAUCAGAUACCAGAGAAGCGUGGCAUGGCUGCCCAUCAAGAACCCCAACCAGCUUGGAAGCCAUCUGUCCCAGCCAGACACCCCAAACCAGUUCACAGGCCAGAUACCAUUCUGGGGAAGCCAUAUGAGGAUGUGAAGCUUCACUACACCUUGGGAAAGGAGUUGGGUAGAGGGCAAUUUGGGGUUACUUAUCUUUGUACUGAGAAUUCAACUGGGAUGAAAUAUGCUUGUAAGUCAAUCUCAAAGAGGAAGCUGGUGACCAAAAAUGACAAGGAGGAUAUAAAGAGGGAGAUUCAGAUUCUGCAGCAUUUGAGUGGGCAGCCAAACAUUGUGGAGUUCAAGGGGUCCUAUGAGGAUAAGCAGUCUGUGCAUGUUUGUAUGGAGCUUUGUGCUGGUGGGGAGCUUUUUGAUAGGAUUAUUGCAAAGGGUCAUUAUAGUGAGAGAGCAGCUUCUGCAAUAUGCAGGUCAAUUGUGAGUGUUGUGCAUAUCUGUCAUUUCAUGGGUGUGAUGCAUAGAGACCUCAAGCCUGAGAAUUUCUUGCUGUCUAGCAAGGAUGAGAAUGCCCUUCUCAAGGCUACUGACUUCGGGUUGUCAGUGUUCAUCGAAGAAGGAAAGGUGUAUCGUGAUAUAGUUGGGAGUGCUUACUAUGUUGCUCCUGAAGUACUGCGGCGCAGAUAUGGCAAGGAAAUAGAUAUCUGGAGUGCAGGAGUUAUUCUGUAUAUUUUACUAAGUGGAGUACCUCCAUUUUGGGCUGAAACUGAGAAGGGAAUAUUUGAUGCUAUAUUGGAGGGAGAGAUUGACUUUGAGAGUGCACCAUGGCCAUCAAUAUCACACAGUGCUAAGGACCUGGUCCGGAGGAUGCUGACACAAGACCCUAAAAAGCGCAUUACUUCAGCUCAGGUUCUAGAGCACCCAUGGAUCAAGGAAGAAGCAUCAGACAAACCCAUAGAUAGCGCAGUGCUUUCUAGAAUGAAGCAGUUUAGAGCAAUGAACAAACUUAAAAAACUUGCAUUGAAGGUUAUUGCUGAGAAUCUUUCUGAAGAAGAAAUCCAUGGGCUUAAGGCAAUGUUUGCAAACAUGGAUACUGACAAGAGUGGAACCAUCACUUAUGAUGAACUGAAGUCAGGAUUGGCUCGACUUGGCUCUAAGCUGACUGAGGCUGAAGUCAAGCAGCUAAUGGAAGCUGCUGAUGUGGAUGGCAAUGGAGGAAUUGAUUACAUUGAAUUCAUUACUGCUACAAUGCAUAGACACAAGCUAGAGAGGGACGAACAUCUUUACAAAGCCUUUCAAUAUUUUGACACAGACAACAGCGGGUUUAUUACUAGAGAUGAGCUAGAAAAAGCUAUGAAAGAGUAUGGAAUGGGUGACGAAGCCACAAUUCGGGAUAUUAUAUCUGAAGUAGAUACAGAUAAUGAUGGUAGGAUCAACUACGAGGAGUUCUGCACAAUGAUGAGAAGUGGAACCCAACAGCAGGGCAAGCUAUUUUAACUCUCUUGUGUUGUGAUUCUGUUACUGCUGCAAACAACCCAUUAGUUGUACCACUAGGCAUAUAUGUGUAAAUUGAGGAGCUAUAUGCUUAGAUUCAGAGGCACUUUGAGCCAAGUAAGCAAUGCUUGCUUUCAUUACCCCCCAGCAGUUAUAGAUAGUUGCCAUGAUGAUAAAAUUUUUAGUUUGCAUUGCUUGAGUUGCAUCAUUACAAAGGCAUCAGCUUAAAUAGUUGCAUCUUCUUUAUUUUUGACUUCAUCUUGGUUUGUUGAUAUUUCGAGGAAUAAUUGAAGAGAGCUUUUUUUUAGCGUGUAAGUUUGUCUCUGGUG